ACUCCAGCCAGAGCGGGGGCAAGUUGCACCAGAGACAUCAGAGCCACUGUGCUUUGGAGAGGCGAGGGCGCACUGGGAGCGCAGCGGCACCAUGCCUGCUAUCAAGAAGGAGCGACUUGACAGGGAGGAGAUGGCCCUGGCUGCCUUUAACCAGCCCAUGGAGACCUUACCUGACUAUCUGGCCCCUUUAGCGGCCGCUGCCAUCCCGGUGGUGACCCCCCACCCUUCGGCUUACGACCAGAUCUUUGCCCACCACCACCGUGCCUACCUGGGCUUCCCCGAGACCCACCACCCGCACCACCCCCAUCACCACCUCCCCGAGGACCUGAUGCUGGAGCGCUUUUCCUCCAUCCCGGAUUUCCAGCCCUUCUUUGACAACGGAGAGCCGUGCAUCGAGGUGGAGUGCGGGGAGAACAAGGCGCUGCUCUACAUCAGCAAGUUAUGCCAGGGCAGCAAAGGACCCUCCAUCCGGUACCGGGGAGAGUGGCUCACCCCUAACGAGUUCCAGUUUGUCAGCGGCAGGGAGACCGCCAAGGACUGGAAGCGGAGCAUCCGGCACAAAGGGAAAAGUUUGAAGACUCUUAUGUCCAAAGGAAUCUUACAGGUACAUCCUCCAAUCUGUGAUUGCCCUGGGUGUCGAAUUUCGUCUCCAGUGAACCGGGGUCGCCUGGCCGAGAAGAGAACGAUCCCUCUGCCUCCCACCAGGCUCCCAAAGAAAGAAUUGACCUCCAUUUUCUCACAUAGCGACGACAGCGAGGAGAGUGACAAGGCCAAUGGUCAACACCCCGAAGUGAAGCAGGAGGAGGAUCUGCAUAUCAGUAUCAUGAAAAGAAGGAUACACACCCACUGGGAUUUAAACAUCUCCUUCCGAGAGACCUCUUGCAGUCGCGAUAACGACCUUUCCACCAUCAUUUCCAACCUGCAUCAGAGCCGCCAACUCGUUAUGCCAGAGACCCAGAGUCGCUGUGAAUUCAAGAGAAACAGUAUUGAUGUCGGCUUAGGAGCAGCAGAUGAAAUUUUAGGCAGGAGAAGAGUAUGUUCUCCCAACAGCAGCAGUGAGUGUCCUUUAGAAAGCAAGAAAACCCGAAGCGAGUCCCCAAAGGAAAAUUCCCACACACCCGUGCUCGAAGACUCAGUGACUCAGAUGACCCCAGAGGAACACUACAGACGGAUGAUGUCAGCCCUGAACGAACACAGCACCUUUGAGGAGCAGCAGCAGCAGCGCCUCUACCAGUUGGCCAACAGCAUGGCAGUCCCCAGCCAUGGUGAUCUGCUCCGAGCGCGGCAAGAGGCGGCGGCGCGCAACCCCGCGGCCAUGGAGGCGCAUCUCCCCGCGGCCAGCAACUCGUCCAGCCAGCGCCGGAAACAGGGGCUCCCCCAGCACCGCGACACGCACUUCCCCGAGAGGGACAUGUCCCACCCACCGCCUCUGCUGUCACCCCAGAAUGCCCCCCACAUUGCGCUAGGGCCUCACUUGAGACCUCCCUUUCUGGGGGUGCCUUCAGCUUUGUGCCAGACGCCAGGUUACGGGUUUCUGCAGCCAGCACAAGCAGAGAUGUUUGCACGGCAGCAGGAGAUGCUGCGGAAACAGAACCUUGCCAGGCUUGAGAUGUCGGCCGAGAUCAUCCGCCAGAAGGAACUGGAGAAUCUCCAUCGACAGAGGCUACUGGCCGGCGACCCACUGAGCCUGCACCCGGCCUUACCCCAGGACCACCCGGCCUUGCGGAAUAUGCACGACAUCCCCGAGGGGCACCCUCUGAGGGACGAACUCUCACGGAGGAACGCCAUGCUGGUGCUCCGGCACAACAACACGCCGCUGCUGUCGCUCAACCAUGGGGUCCCCAGCGCCACCCCGCCCAAGGAGCAGGGCCGGCGGGGGAGCCGGAAAUCAAUGCACCACCGGGCUGAGCCUCCAGGUCUGCAUGAGGCCAAGGAGCUGGCCGAGCCCCGGGCACGGGAUGGUGUGCCCGACUGCAACGAUGAGGAGAUGAAAGACUCAGAGAGUGAUGCUGAAGUGAGCGACGAGAAGCCGGAGAGCCUGAAAGCUGAGAGCAGCAGCUCAGUCAGUGAACUCAAAGAGUGCAAAGAGACAAGCAAGGUCUAUGAGGGGGCCAAGGAGCUGAGCGAAGUGGUUUCUGGCCAGAAUGCCCCUUGCAGCUCCUCAAGCACUGAGUCGCCCAGCCACCUGCUUGGCCCAGGCAUCAGUAAAAAUGAGGUGAAAUACCUCCCUCCGGCCUCCAUCCCACCACCUCAGCCACUGCCCUUUGGAUUCCCUUAUACAAUGAGCCCUUAUUUCCACGCAGGCGCCAUGGGAGGUCUGUUCUUGGAUGGGGAGGAGAGCCCUGCGCUGGAAGACAUCAGCAAAUGGACAGUGGAGGACGUCUGUAACUUUGUGGGCAGUUUGUCUGGCUGUGCCGAGUACACUCAGGUAUUCAGGGAACAGGCUAUCGAUGGCGAGACGCUGCCUCUCCUGACCGAAGAGCACUUACUGAGCAACAUGGGGCUCAAACUGGGACCAGCUCUGAAGAUCAGGUCACAGGUGGCCAAGCGAGUUGGCAGGGUUCUCUACAUGGCAAGUUUCCCCAUGGCAUUCCCGCUGCAGCCGCCGGGCUUACGGCCUCCAGACCGAGACCUGGCGCCUGCUGAGCUCCGCCCAUCCUCUACAGGCAGCGUAUCCUCCCCGUACAGCAGCAGCCUGCUGCCCGCUAGCCGCAUCUCACCAAAGCAGGAAAAUGGAAACUCCUCAUUAAUGGCUGGAAUCAACGACACCCCGAAACCUCCCUCGUAACUGCACAGCCGCUUAACUCCCUCCAGUA